CACACACACACACACACACACACUCUCUCUCUCUCUCUCUCACACACACACACACACUCUCUCUCUCACACACCCUCACCUUGUUCAACUGAGAAAGACUCGGUGGUGAAAAAGAAAGAAAGAAAGAAAAAGAUAAAAGAAAAGAAAAUGCCAGGCAAGAACAGCUUCAAUUCAAAAAGUGUGCUGCUCAUAUUUCUGCUCAUCUUCGCUCCGUGUUGGAGACGCAGCGCUGCACAGGUGAACACAGGAGACGCACACCGACCUCCAGACGGAGGUGACGACGACGCCUUCUUUGCCCUGCGCAGCUGCCACCAGCUGCUGCGCGGCGACAGCGGUGAGUUCUUCUCGCCGGACUACUUGUGCUCCAACCCGUCGCUGUGGUGCAACUGGACCGUCCAGGUGGACCCCGGCAAGAGGAUCCACCUCUACCUGGAGGACUUGACCCCCGACGACGUCUGCCACCUCAAACAGGACCAGGUCCACGUGGACGAGCCCGCCGGCCGCUUCGGCGUUCACAAGGUCCUGCAGAAGUGCUGGCGGGAGGCCAAGUUCACCACCUCCACCAACGCUCUGACCGUGGUGCUGCUGAUCGGCGGCUGGCCCGACUCGCCCUACAGGGGCUUCUAUGGCCGCUACCAGGCGUUUGGACCGCCAGUGAUUUACAACCCGCAGGAAGUCUUCGCGGCGAGAGACGAGAAGUCGGAACCACCUCUCGGCCCGAUGGAAGUCACAGAGUUUGGACCAGUCACGAAUGGUGGUCAUUAUCAACCGUCUCUGGCGAACUUUGAUCCGAUGUAUGAUUAUGAUGAUCAACGUUCAGCCUUGACGCCCGAGGACGCAGCAGACGCCGAGGUGGGUGAAAACCUCCAACCACACUCGGGGAACUACAGUCACAUCUACCCGCUCUCAGCUGUACCCACGGCGCCAGUGUCCACGGAGGGGACGUCCCGAUCGGGAAGGGACGCCGCUCACACCGCUUCGAGCCGCGCAGACUCCACCGUCGACGCCUCCGAUCACGAGCUGGAACCCGCCGAUCGAAGGAACGUUGAAGACGCAUCAACCCAUCCAGACGAUGCUGCUGUUGGAGAGGAUGACGGCGGUACGCACAGCCGGUCAGAAGAGGAAGAGCUCGCCGCUGGUUCAGAACAAGCAGCAGAUGGCGCCGAGAUCGGACCUGAGGCCGGCGAGGAGUCGGACCAGCCUCCCUCCGCCCCUGAGGGACCAGAACCAGGAGAGACUGAACCGACUCAUUCUCACCCCAACGUGGUGGAGCCGCUGUCGGACCACCGAGGAAACCUCAAUAUUAGAAAUCACUCUGAAACGCCACAUCUUCCUGGUGAUCACAUGUUUGAAGUGGCAGUGGAGGUGAACUUCAGUCAGGACGUGGAGGAGUCCUGGGACGACCUGGCCACGUCACUGCUGCUCUCGGUCAAAGCUCUGAUCAGUGCGCGACUGGAGGCUCUGCACACGCCGCUGGCCCUGUCGCCCAAAAGAAUAAAGAGGUUGAAUGCAGGAGUGCUGUUCAUCCUCUGGUUGCAGACCGGACCCGGGCCUGGAAGUCAGCAGGUGCACAGUUUCGUCCACGCCGCCAUCCAGAGCCUCAUCGCCACGGCCGUGGGCCUCGGAGGGGUCCACAGGAGGGCCGUCAUCGUCUCCGUGUCGACUGCAGACGUCAACGAGUGUGGGACCCAGCUGGUGCUGUGCGACGCCAACGCCGACUGCGUGAACCGGUUCGGCUCGUACUCGUGCCACUGCAGGCCGGGCUUCCUGGACGAGUCCCGUCUGGGAUCGGGAGGAACCAUCUGUGUGGACGCGAAGGCUGCAGGCUGCGGCUCGGGCCUGUCUGUGGAGACCAAAGGCGUCUAUGUGCUCUUCUUCCUGCUCAGCUCCCUCAUCCUGAUGCUGCUGGCGGCGGCCGGCAUGCUGUACCGCCGCCACCACCGGGGGGCGUUCCUGGUCCGUUGCCGCAGCGGCAGCAUCUGUCCUCCUGACCCCGACAACAUCCAUCAGCAUCACGACGGCUACCCGAGCCCCGCGGACUCCGACAUGCCCCCGCCGCCCCCGCCUCCCCGGGCCGCCCCCAGAGACGCCUGGCCCCAGGUGAAGGAGCUCUGUCCGGCAGUGGACCUGCCGCUGCUCCGCUUCAGCCCCCUGGUGCCGUCGGACGGAUACCUGGAGCCACGGCAGGGCAGGAAGAUGUGAUCAGACAGUGGAGUGUCUUGAUUUUGUUUCUUUUCACUUUGGGUCCCAAUGACUGAUUCUGUCGUCCACUGAA